AUGGAUUUUAAGUUAUUGCUGCUCGCCUUGGCGCUGUUUGGGACUGUACAUGCGGAGUACGAUUAUCACAGCAACAAUAACAACAACAACAAUAAUAAUAAUGUGAAACCAGCUGCGAUCUCAAAUGAGAUUAACUCCCUGGAGCAGCACGUAUCCAGUUCGGGCGAAGAUUAUCACACCAACUAUCAGACGACCCACACAAAUGUCCAAAACUCACAGGCCACGCCCAGUGGCUACGAUUACUCCGCCCAGCUGGUUGAUUCCGAUUCGAAGGUUUUGGAAGCCGUGACCAAUGCUGCCAGUGGUUCGGCGCCACUUUUCCCGCUGCCAUUGCCUGUGCUGCGCGAGCAACGGCAGCCGGAAGUCUUUCCGCCAGCGAGCUAUAGCUUUGACUAUGCGGUGAACGACGAGAGCACCGGCGACAUCAAGGAUCACCGCGAGACGCGUGAUGGCUAUGUGGUGCGUGGCUCCUACAGCCUCAUCGAUCCCGAUGGCUACAAGCGCACCGUAACCUACACGGCCGACGAUGUCCACGGCUUCAAUGCGGUCGUUAACCGGGUGCCCUAUGCCCUGAAGAAGCUGGCGGUAGCUGCACCCGGUUUGGUGCAGGAUGAGCGCUCGCCAGCUGCCAAGGUGUCUGCUGCAGCCACGGGAACGGCCUCUGCGAAGAGUUUGGAUACCACGUCAAAAUCGGUUUCUGGAGACAGCUAUGUGAAUGCGGCGAAUGAACGUCAAACAAAUGGCGGACUUUAUGCCUGA